AUGGACAUUACCCAGUUUGUCGUCUCCUCGCGAGACAAGGUCGACCUGCCGACCGACUACAGCGGCUACCGGACCCGGCUGGGACACCGCCUGCUCAAGUGCCGUCAGAAGCUGCACGUGGCCGCACGGCACCGGGGCAAGUACAACCACAAGUCGAGCACGGUGCAGCCAGAGCAGGUGGCCGAGGACGUGACAUAUGCGCAUCUGCUGAUCCUGUCGGCCGAGCGGGCCCACGCCCAGGCCGUGGCCAUGAAGACGGUCCAGUCGGCCAACGGCAAGAACAUCAACAACAGUGCUCGCUCGCACAUUGUCUCUCGCUUCGACAAGGCCGCCAAGUAUGCCGAGGAUCUGCUGGUCGUGCUGCAGGCCAACGCCAGCGGCGCCACGGCCGGCGACCGGCUCGAGGCCCGUGCCUAUGCCGCGUCGCUGCGGGGGGCUGCCGACCUGGAGCGUCGCAGCUGGCCGCGUAGCCUGGCGAGCUAUGCGGCCGCCUGGGCCAUCUACAGCGCGCUGGCCACAGCUGCAGCCACGGCCGGCCGUCCGGCCCAGGCCGACCUGUUCGGCGACCUCGUCGUCGAGAACGAGCAGUGGGUGCGCUAUGCGGCAUACCAGCUAAAGAAGCCGCGGUCCACGCCGAUCCCGAUGCUUGUGCGCGAGGCUCUGGAGACGUCGACCGACCUCGUGGCCACCAUCCACCAGAUCAGCCCGGUCGUGCUGCAGCCGGCCACGGCCACCGACGAUGCCGUGCUGGUUGACGCUGACAGCACCACGCCGCUCGUCGCCUCGACCCGCACGCUGACCUGGCGUUCGCGCGAGGUCCGCAUCGAAGACGCCCCCAUCGCGUCCGCCUGGGCCGCCCUCGAUCUCGCCCAGGCUCGGCUGCGUGUCGUGCUCGUCGCCGGUGCUGCUCGUUCGGCCGCGCCCAUGUCGCCUGGCGAACAGGCUGCCGCCUACGACGACGUGCUCACCGCCAGCCAGGACGCUGUCGACGCUACCAAGGCCGCCAUCGACGACCUCCGCGCCGAGGGCCUCCCCCAGAGCGAUCCUGCCGUCCAGCUGCUGUAUGUCGCCCGCACGGCCGCCAACUACGAGAUGAUUAGCUACCGGAUCGGCCGCAAUCGCGUGCUGACUGGCCCCCAUGAUGGCGCCGUCGUCCAGCUCAACCACGCGGCCAAGAGCCGGAGCAAGAGCAAGAGCAAGACCCCCGCCGCCCGUCCCGAGGCUCCCGGCCGCUUCCUCGCCCGGCUCAAGGAAAAGGUCGUCCUCUACGACGGCGUCCUGCAGAGCCUCGAGUCCGUCAAGGAGCUGCCCGGCGUCGCCGCUGAUACAGAGCUGUCCGCGCAGCUGGAUGCUACCGCAAAGUACUUUACCGCGCUAAAAUCCCUCGCUGUCAGCCGGUCCCACGACAUCGCCGGCAACGCGGCCAACGCCCUGGCCCUCGCCAAGCACGGCCUCGACCAGUGCACAGAGGCUGCUCCGACCCUGGCCAAGGUCGAGGAAACCGCAUCGCCCUCGCCAGAGGCCCAGUCGCCCCUGCGCACUAUCCAUGUCGGCACUGCCGACGUGCAGUUCCUGCUGGACCUGCUGCAGAACGAGGUGCAGCGCGGUCGCGCGCUCGUCAACAUCGAGACGCUGCAGCAAGCUGCCACAAAGGCGACCGCCACCACGACUACGCCCGCACUGGCCGAACAACUAUCCGUCUACCCACAGCAGCCCGUCGACCUGGCCAACAUUGUCGCCUAUCCGCCCCGCAUCGAACCCGUGCCCGUCAAGCCCAUCUUCCUCGAUAUCGCCUGGAACUACAUCGACUACCCCAGCAAGACGUCGGCUGCCGCCUCGGCCACGGCCGGCCAGACCGCCACGGGCGCACAGCAGAACGAACAGCCGCAGCAGCAACAGAAACGCGGCUGGUUCGGAUUUGGACGGUAG